AUGGAGAGCUGCCUGGGAGAGGAGUCUGUCCAGAUGUGGGAGCUCAAUCGGAGGCUGGAGGCCUAUUUGUCCCGGGUCAAGUCUCUGGAGGAGCAGAACGAGAGGCUUCGCCUGGAGAUUGGGAAUCUCCGGGAAAAGCCUGGAGAGCCAUCCUGGAGGAGCCGGGCUGAGGAGGAGCUGGGGGCUCUGCGGGCCCUGCUGGACCAGCGCUGGAGCGAGAAGCAUGCUGCCGAAGUGGCCAGGGACAACCUUCUGGAGGAGGUGGAAGGGGUGGCAAGUCGAUGCCAGCAGCAGCGGCUGGCCCGGGAGCGGGCUAAGGAGCAGGUGGCAGAGAGCCGCCGGGUGCUGGAGGCUGAGAAGUGGGCGGGGGUGUGUCUGGGGAACCAGGCUGCUGAGCUGGAGAAGGAGCUCGAGGCCCUAGUGACUGCACAUGAGCAGGAGCGGGCAGGAAUGAGCGCCCAGGUGGCCCGCUCUGCCCUGGGCCUGGAGACCUUUCGCAGGGUUCCCGAUAAUGCCCCAGCCCCCGAUGUGCAGGACCUAGCCCGCACGUUCGGAGAGGCCUGGAGGGGCGCUGUGGAAGGCUACCAGGCCCGCGUGGCCUGCCUGGAGGCCUCCCUGGGCCAGGCUCGGGAGAGGCUGGGCCAGGCAAUGCAAGGGACCCGUGAGGGACAACGAGAAGCACAGCGGCUGGAUGUAGAGAGGGCAGCGCUCCAAGGCCGUCGAGAGAUGCUGGAGCAGAGGCUGGAAGGACAGUGGCAGGAGCAACAGGAGGCAGGGGAGAAGUUCCAGCUGACUGUUGAGGCCCUGGAGCAGGAGAAACAAGAUCUCCACAACCAGAUUGCUCAGGUCUUGGAAGACCGACAGCAGCUGACACACCUGAAAAUGUCCCUUAGCCUAGAGGUGGCCACAUAUAGGACCCUCCUAGAGGCUGAGAGUUCCCGGCUGAAUACAUCCAAUAUAGAUUCAAAGGCCACUAUCACCUUCCCUGAUCCCAAGAUGGAAUUGUGUAUUCCUGUGACACCCGAGAUCCGACAUCCAGGACCCUGGCCUCCUGUCCUGAGCCCUACAUCCCUUCCUAUGGUGGAUACCCCUCGGACUCCAAUGCCUACUUUUCUGAAGAGUCAAGGAUUCCUCCCAACCCAGACACCCACCUUGGCCAGCACUCCCAUCCCACCCAUUUCUCAAGCUCACCAUCCAGGCACUAGGAGGGAAGUCCAAGGCCAGGUGGCAACCUCCUACCUUCUCCAGGGGCCAUCUUCUGAUGGACCCAAGCCAAAGGAUAGUGAGCACCUGGCUGUUCCAAAGCUCCCAUGGGCCAAGGCCAAGGUAGGCAUUGGAGUGGGGAGUAGCCCAGAGCCUCAGGAAACAGAGGUUGAGAAGCAACAGGUCCUCAGCUUUCCCUGUCCAGAUGAGCUAGUGGAACAAGUUGAGGAUAAAAAAAUUGUUUUAGUAACUGACUCUAGUAUUGACCCCUUGGAGACCAAAGAUGGGGAGGAAGAGGAUGAGGAGCUCAAUGAUUUUAGUAGUCCCCAACCUCCAGCUCCAGAGCCUAGAAAAUACCAAGAAAAGGUGGGAAAAGAAAUCCAGGGAGUAGCAGAGGAGGAAGAUGAAGCUAAAGAGACAAUAACAGAGAAUUUGGAAGAAGAGGCAUGGCAAAAAGGAGGGGCCCUAGACAAGGAGGAGAUCCAGGAAACACCUGGGACUUCAGAUGAGAAGGUCCAGGAGACAUUUGGGACUCUGAGUGGAAAGACUGAGGAGACCCUGAAUCUGCCAGGUGAGGAGGUUCAGGAGACCCAGAAGCUGCCAAGUGAAGAAUUCCAGGAAAUCCAGAUUUUUCCAGGUGAGGAGAUCCAGGAGACCCCAAAGCUGCCAACUAAGGAAUUCCAAGAGAUCCAGAUUCUUCCAGGUGAAGAAGUCCUGGAGACUCCAAAACUGCCAACUGAGGAAUUCCAGGAAAUCCAGAUUCUUCCAGGUGAGCUGAUCCAAGAGACCCAGAAGUUGCCAGAUGAGGAGAUCCAAGAGACUCAUAUUCUUCCAAGUGAGGAAAUCCAGAAGUCCCAGAAGUUGCCAACCGAGGGAUUCCAUGAGAUCCAGAUUCUUCCAGGUGAGGAGAUCCUGGAGACCCAGCAGCUGCCAAGUAAAGAGGGCCAGGAGACUCAGAUUCUUCUAGCUGAGGAGAUCAAGGAGACUCAGAUUCUUCUAGCUGAGGAGAUCAAGGAGACCCAGAUUCUUCCAGAUGAGGAGAUCCAGGAGUCUCAGAUUCUUCCAGAUGAGGAGAUCCAGGAGACCCAGAUUCUUCCAGAUGAAGAAAUCCGGGAGACCCAGAUUCUUCCAGAUGAAGAAAUCCAGGAGACCCAGAUUCUUCCAGAUGAGGAGAUCCAGGUGAUCCAGAAUCUGCCAACUGAUGAGAACCAGGAGAUACUGGGUUUUCCAGGAGAGGAGAAGCAAGAGAUACUGAUGUCUCUAGAAAAGGAGACUCGGGAGACAUUGAGAUCUCUAGAAGAUAAUGAAGAGACAUUGAACUCUCCAAAAGAAGGCAACCUGGCGAUAGGGGAGAACCAGGAGACAAUAGGUUUUCCAGGAGAGAAAAAACAGGAGACAGUAAGUCCUUUAGAAGAAGGAGUCCUGGAGAAGGAGAAUGGGGAGGCUCUAGGAUCUCCAAAAGAGAACAACCAGGAGAUAGUGAGCUCUCCAGAAGGUGAUCUGGAGAGGGAGGACAACCAGGAGAUACAAGGACCACCAGAAGAAGACAAUGAGGAAAUACUGAAGCCUCUGAAAGGAGAUUUGGAAAGAGAGGAGGAGAAAUCAGGGUUUCCGAAAGAGGAAAUUCAGGAAAUGUGUUUUUCAGAAAAGGGAAACCAGGAGAAGGGGGAGAUGCAAAAAAUACUGAGUUUGCCAGUAAAGGAAAUACAAGAGACAUUAACAUCUUUGGAUGAGGGUAACUUAGAGAUGGAAGAAAACCAAGAGGUUCCAGAAGAAGGAAAAGGAGAUUUGGAGAGAAAGGAAAACCAGGAAACACUGCAGUCUCUGGAAGUAGAAAGCCUGCAUCUUCAAAAACCAGAAGAUGUGGCUGAGAUAGGUCAGGAUCACUCCACUGGGGGAGACGAAAAUGCUCCAUGGGAGACUGGAAAGGAUCAUGAAGAAACUGCAAAGAGGAAACCAGAAAAGAGCAGCCUUGAAGGGAACUGGGAGGUUGUAGAGGAAGCAGGAUUGAGGUAUGGUGGCCCUGGUGAGUCCCAGCAUACUGGAGAAGAGGAGCAAGGGAGCCAGGAGUCUGAACAGCAAAGAUUCCCAACAAAGGAAACAACUGAGGAGGGGAUGACCAAGAGCCCCCAGGUGGAGUUCAAGGAAGUAGAGUCAACAGAACUUGAAACUCUUAACUGUGUGCCUAAGAUAUCAGAGCAGAUGUUUGAGGAGGAUGGAGCCAGUAGGGAGAGUGAUGGAGAAGCCCCAGAGGAUAAUGGAUCCAUUACAGGGCUAGAACCAUCAGAAGGAGAAGAGGUAAGAAACCAAGAACAGCUGAAAAAGGAAGUAUCAGAAUCAGAGAACUGGAAAGAGGGGCUGUCAGAGCCACACCACAGAGAAGUGAUUUUAGAGCCUUCAUUGGAGCAGGGCGAGAGAGAGACUGGAAAGGAUGUGCAAGAAACAAAUGAAUUGAACCAGCAGUACAGCAAGUUGCUUAUGGAGAAUGAAACUCUGCACCCCCAUUUAGAGGCUCCAGAGGUAUUGGAGGAACUAGAGCAGAGGAAGUCUUUAGGAAUGGGUGAGGACUCCACACACCCUUCAGACCCUCUCCCUGCAGAAACCACAAUUGUCAACAAUGUCGAUGAGGAUACCACUACUCAAUCUAGUCUCAUGGGCCAGGGAAAACCCCAAGAAAUAAAACAAGAGGUAGGGGUCUCAGAAGACCUUCUGGAGACUCAUUUUAGGGCUGAGGGCAAUGAGGAGUUAUGGGAAAGUUGGGAAACAGAGGACAAAACAAAGGUCAGUGAGGAGCUGGUCAGGGAAAUAGGAAAGGUGAAUGCCCAAGACAGCUCAGCAGUCUUUCAAGAGGAGGUGGAGGAGAGUGAGGGAGAUGAUCUGAGUGAGACUCUUCCAGAUUCUACACCCUUGGGCCUUUAUUCUAGGGAGCCAGACUCACCUAGCUGGGGGAUGAUUGGAAAGGAACAACCUUCUCCUCAAGAAGAGAAUAAUGAAGAGGCCUGGGACCCCCCUCCUAGGCAUGCUGAGGUCAAUAGGGCUCAGCCUGAUGAGGGAGAGGAUGGGGCUCCUGACUCUGAUGUAUCUGAAGAGUUUGAGGACCUUGCUGUUGAUGCUUCCCUCUUACCUGGGGGUCCUGGGAGGCUAGUGGAGACGGUGGGGCAUGGGUCAGAAUUGGUGUUAGACCCUCCCACCUGGGAUCGAGAUGGAGAGUCUGAUGGGUUUGCAGAUGAAGAAGAAAGUGGGGAGGAGGAAGAAGAUGGUGAUGAUGAUGAUGAUGAUGAUGAUGAUGAUGAGAGAGUUGAGGGAAUUAGGCACUGGAAACUGGGUCCCUCUUUGGGAAGUCCUGUGAGAUACCUUCAAGAAGGGGAACCUGAGGAGGAUAGAGAAAGAAAUGCUGAUGCCCCCUCAGAUGCUGGAGGGAGGGAGGGAGCAGAAAAUCCCCCUCCUGCGACUCUGGAGGUUGAGAAAGUGACAAAGCCCUUAGGCAGACCAAAGUCCCUAGACAGCGAUAUACAAUCUGACUCCGAAGAAGAACAUUCUCAUAUAACUGAAGAUCAGGAGGACUCAGGCCCAGAGGAGGAGCUAGAGACUCCCCUAGCCCCAAAUCAAGGUCUUUUAGGAGUGAGUGACCUGACCCCCCUGGAUAAAGAGGACCAAGCCUCAGACAGUGACUUAAUAGAGAUACCCUGCAGAGUAGAUGACAGUGCCAGGAAGGCUGGGGCUAGCCUCAAUGGUGGGGGUCCCACCAUGGACCAACCAGAUAGCAUCAGGGGAGAAAUAUUGAAUGGGUUAGGGAAGCUUCAGGCAGCAGACCAGGGGAAGCAAUGGGACCUAGAGAGGGAGGGAGGUGAAGGGAAAGCCCCUGGGGAGGAGCUUUCUUCCCAGACCCUAUGGAGUGGAGGUCCUCUCAUCCUGGGGCAGAGCCCAUUCCUGAAGUUCACUCAGGCCAAGGAAGAGGAUGGAGAUUCCUGGUCCUCAGGGGAUGAGUAGAAAAGGAUCUCUCUCUUCUCUUUUCUAGCUCUGAGGGCAGGGACAAGGGACAGAGGAAAUUAUAAUCCCCCACAUUCCCCUCAAGCUUGGCUGUCUUAGUCUUGACUCAACUCAUGCCUUACUUCAGGGCUCUGACCCCUAUGAUCAGGAAGUGGGUUGGAAGAAAAAAAAAAGGGUUUUCCCAGAAUGGAGACUCUAAAAAGAGAAAUUUAGUCAUUUCUUCCCUCCCUUGGAGAAUUGGAAUAGGGGUACUUUCUUCUCUCCCCUCUGAGAUUUAGACCAGAUCCUGGUUACCCCAGAUUUCCCUGUGUCCAUCUCUCUGGUCAUCCCCUCACUUCUCAAAAAAUGCUCUUUCUCAAAGAGAGGAGAUGAGAGACAUUCCCUCUUUUGACUGAAGUGGAAGUAGGAGAGUCUUGGGGGGGAGAAUAAGAGGACAGAGUUCAAAGGUAUUUGAGCUGGCAAUGAGAGCUUCUGUCCAAUCUGGAAGUGGGGGGUGGGAGUGUCCCUCGGUUGCCAACCCAGUACAAGAGAGGAGGGAUCAGGGACCACCAAGCAUUCUAAUGUGCUCAGCCCGAACCCUCAGCCCUUCUGCCUCCAUGAUAUCCAGUUUGGUUUUGUGAAUAAAAUGAUCGCAGCCACCACCA